AUGACUUUCCCUACUUUCCCGCUCAUUUGGACAAGCAGAGACUGGUCCCUCGAUCCCAACGACACACCAAAGUCCACCAUCUGGGACUCCAAGACCGGCUUCGGCGGCAACGGUAGCCCCAACAAAACCGAGUCUAUUUACGAUGGGCGUGCUGUCCAAAAGUGUCUCGGUGAUGGACCUUUCAAAGAUUUAUUCCCUGCCCACCUGGCCACAAAUUACGAUCCUCAUUGUCUGGCGCGAAAUUGGAAUGAUGGAACUGAAAAUGUUAGGAAUAUGUUGUCUGAGAAUUACCAUAAGGAGGCGGUUGCAAAAGUUCAGGCGGUCAAGGACUAUGAUCAGUAUCGUCAGGAGUUGGAGGCUGGUCCCCAUGGGGCUAUUCAUAGUGCUAUUGGUGGGGAUAUGGUUUCCAAUACUUCUCCCAAUGAUCCCAUCUUCUUCCUUUACCACACUCAGAUCGAUCGUCUGUGGUCACUCUGGCAGCAGGAGGACCCCAAGACUCGCACCAUAGAGUUCGCUGGCUACAAGACUCAGGAUUAG